AGUUGGGUAAACCUAGCUAUAUAAGAUAGUGCGUCUUGUAAUGAUAAAAGGAAUGAACUCAUAAUCAAAAUAUGGUUUUAACGAUUUAGGAUGUGUUCUUCAGACCAGUAGGCUCGAUUCUUUGGAAUUGGGAUAGGUUUAUACUCAAUUUAUCUAUCAGCCCUGUCAUUGUACUUUGGUACAUGACAAUUGGUAUCAGAUUCACGAUCCUGUGUACCUGAUUCAUGAUGGGAGGAGGUGAUCCAACACUACAAGAGUUUGCUGCUCGGCAACAACGACAUGGUGAACGAUUAUCUGUUCUUGAAAAAGAUUUAUCUGAAAUUAAACUUAAGAUGAGUUUGAUCGAAGAAACUUUGAGUAUUCACUUUGCUAAGAUAUGUAAUCAUUUGGGAAUUCCAGUACCAGUUGUUCCUUCUACGAAUUUCACACCAGAUCCGGGUUCAACUUAUGCUGCUAAAUCUAAACAUGAGGAAACAAAACCAGUUAACGAAGCAACAACUGAUUCUCUUGAAUUGGAAUUGAUUCCUAAUUUUUUCUUCAUUGAAAAGGAUGAUGUUGAUUUACUUCAUGGUCAAUUUGAAGAAAAUUCAAAAUUAGAGAUCAAUUGCUUCUCCGAGUUCUCUCCAGUUACAAUUGACAAAAUGAAGGAUUUAGAGAUACAGUUUUGUGUCAAAACUUUUGAGGAGAAUUCCGAGUUUCUUAAAGCUUGAUGGGGUUGUUCUUUCUUCACAAGAAGUUACUUCAGAUGGAUUAUUUCGGUCUCCACUUUGAUUAUAAGCGCUUAUUAUUCAAUCGAGGGUCAUUAUUAUUGAGAUUAGCUAUGAAGACCUUGCAAGCUCAAUGGUUAUAAUCGUUCUUGAUAACAAAUUCAACUGUAAGGAUUUUGUUCCUAUUCUUUUGUUACUAACCUUGUAGAGGGUAGAUUACACUCGUUCAUUAUUCGAUAGAGGAAAAGAGAUCGAGCUCAGUUUAUAGACUUCUUGUUUUACUAAAUGUUCUGAAGUUGAUGUGUACCUGGAAUUAUUGAAUAGAUACUCUUAUUUUACUGGUGGCUGGGAAUUCAGUUUCGGUUUAACUACCUCUUGUUUGUUUGUUCUAGAUGUUUGUUCAAUUGUAAGGGAUGCAAACAAUGGGAAUUUCAUUUCUAAACUAUUUUUUUGACAUCGGUUUAGAUUACAUUCAUCCUCUAUGAAUUUUAUCUUGUUAAUGUUCAAAACUGGUGAUAUUAGUGAUGUUUUGCUGUGGUGUUUCCAAAUGGUUGGGAUGUGAAAGCUGGACUAUGGGUUACUUCAUGAGAUUGCAGUUCAAAUUCUUGAAUCAUUGGUUGUUCUUGGGAUUUAUAUAGAGAGUUCAGAAUGUUUCUACGAGUUUAUUAUGUUCAUACUUCACCAGGGAUUCUUAUAUUUUCAACUUAACUUUUCAGCUAAACCAUUCAUUGUUCUUCAAUAUAUUACUGAUGCUGACAUUGUUGAUAAGAGGAAACCGACUGCUACAAUGGCUGUGAGAUGUGAAUAUUUGAGUAACUUGGAUGAGAGUGUCCUGUGGAGAUUAAAUUGUGGUGAUGUUGCUUUUCUCUUGCAGCUUACACUGGGACAAGGUUUGCGUAGGGAAACUGACAUUCCAGAAACUAAGUUUUGUGUUCAUAAUCUAGGUGAAAGUAUGCAGAUAUAUCCAUACCCAGCUGAUCUUCAGUCUUUGUAUUGUGUUGGACUUAAAUCUUAUGGAUGCUGUCAACUAUUGAGUCUAUUUUACCAACCCAUGAGAGCCUAUAUCAAGUUUGAGUUCUUGGGAGAGGUAGUGAGAACUCAAAGUUGGGUCACUGUGCAUUCUACUCAACAUGUGCUUGUUUGUGUUGAUGCUCACAUCCUGCUUAACAAUCAGUUUCACCAAGUAUGUGGAAGAUUGUGGACUCACAAGAGAAUUAUAAUGCAAGUUAGGCAGUGCCUUUGUAAUUCUUUACACCCAUUUUACCCCACCUGGCUUUUUACUCGUUGCUGCAAAGACCUACCAGCUUUAUCCAACCUGGAUUCAAGUGAAUAUUAUCUCCCAUGUUACCCUGCUAUAUGGAAGUUUAUGUCAAAUGGUGAUUCUCAGCUCAAUGAGAUACUGGUACUCCCAUAUGUGAUGAUGAGAUUUGCUGAGAUUUUUGAGUACUUGAAGUUUAAUGACUGGGUUACAGUCAAGCGUUAUAUCUAUAGCCCACUUCUGGGAGGUAGAGUAAUGUUGGGAACUUAUCUUACCUUUAUAUAUCUGAAGCCACGACUAUGUUCCCAGCUUUACUGGAGCUCAAGCAACUUUCACCAAGGGUAGACAACACUGUGCAAGUUCCAAGUAGAGCUUAUGCAUAUUACACAGAGGGGAAACUCAGGGAAACUCCAACAUCAGAUAUAGAGCUUAUGCAUGUACAACACAACCAGGUUCAGCCGCAGAUGCUUACCAUCAUGUACCUGUAUAGGAGAGGCGACGUCUUGGAAAAUCAUUUUACAUCCUUGAGGACAAGGAUGUUCCCAAGGAGUAGGGAAUGUCAUGUACCUCCAUAGGAGAGGAGGGUGGUCCAUAUCAUAAUCAGGGUGGCAGUUAUCCUUUAAUAUUAAUUGUUAAUUAGGAGUUUAAUUAGAAGUGUAAUAGAGGGUCGAGAUGUAACCACCUGUGUGGCUUAAUGAUCGUUAGAUCAGGUUGGGUAAACCUGGCUAUAUAAGCUAGUGCGUCUUGUAAUGAGAAAAGGAAUGAAUUCAUAAUCAAAAUAUCGUUUUAACGAUUUAGGUCG